AUGAAUCGAUUAUUUGGGGCUAAAAGCUCAGCUCCCAAACCCACUCUCGACUCCGCAAUCACAAAUUUGGAUGGAAGGGUGUCCUCGAUAGACGUUAAGCUCGCUGCUAUUAAUGCCGAAUUGACAGCCUAUCAAACGAAACUCUCUAAAAUGCGCGACGGUCCGGGAAAAACUGCAAUCAAACAAAAAGCUUUAAAAGUUCUACAACGACGAAAGAUGUAUGAGGGCCAACGAGAUCAGCUUCAGCAACAGUUAUGGAACAUGGAGCAGGCUGGAAUGAUGCAGGAUAAUCUUAAAAAUGUUAUGACUACUGUAGAUGCCCUCAAACAGACUAACAGAUCACUCAAGCAACAGUACGGAAAGAUUAACAUCAACAAAAUUGAACAGAUGCAGGAUGAAAUGGCAGAUUUGAUGGAGGUCGGGAAUGAAAUACAAGAGAGCAUAAGCAGGAGCUAUGACAUCCCUGAAGAUGUAGAUGAGGCUGAAUUAGAUGCCGAGUUAGAAGCACUAGAGGGAGAAAUGGAAUAUGAAAGUCUCGACAUACAAACGACACCAAGCUUCAUGGUUGAUGAAUUACCCGAAUUCAUCGAUACUGCCCCCGAGAAACCGGACAAAGUGAAGGAAGAAGCAACAUGA